GGAGAAUGGAGCAGAGCCGGAGACCUCCUGAUCAUCAUCAUCAGCAGCUGGUGGAGGAGCUGCAGGCGGAGAGGAAAAUGAAGGAAAUGUUACAAGCAUCUAUAUACGAAAGAAGAAAUGCAAUUGCCGAUCUGGAAAGGAAACUGAACAGUGUGGAUGAUGAAGGCAAUGAAUGGAAGAUAAGGUAUGAGACACAAAUUGAACUGAACAGACAGCUAGAACGGCAAAUUCAUAUACUUCAAGAAAAAUCAGAACAUCUACGAGGCAAUCCAACAGAUCGACUCUCAUCCAUUCGCUCGUAUGACCAAAUGCCUGAGGGGGCAUUAAACCAAUACCUAAAGCGUCUGGAGGAUGAGAAGACUUUGAUAGAAAAUCAAUUAAAAGAUUUUGAACUUCGAAUAGAACAAGAAGCAAAGGCAUACUACAAGGUUAAUGAUGAAAGAAGAAUGUAUAUUUCAGAAAUUUCCCAGACCUCAGUCGUACAGGAUGCUGUUAAGAAACAGGCAACUGAUGCAGUACAUGCCACCAGAGAAAAUCCAGGGAAUAAAUUAAUGUAUAAAGCAUCUGUGAACCAAAGAAUGUCCGAAAAAAAGAAAAAGCCAAUUAAAAAGACUGCAAAAGCAAAUGUCUCCUCCAAAACACACAUGGAACGGAGAAGCUAA